AUGGUUAAAGACCAAAGUAUUAUAGGUCAUGAGGUGGUAAAUCAGGAUGUUGAUAAUUAUGAUAAAAAGGAGAAAGUUAGCAAUGAUAAAAGAAUAAAUGAUAUGAUGCCAAAUUUUGGAUAUGGUGUCAAUCAAUUUAUUGGUUAA